GGUGCACCGCGGCGCCAAGAUGGCGGCGCCCAGUGAGGGCCGCCCCGGCCGCGGCGCUUCGUCGUUCCCUGGCACCGAAAGCGGCCCUUUCGCUUUCCCUUUCACCGUUCCGUCUGGGGCUGCCGGCUCCGGAGCGGAGGAGCAACCCAAGAAGCCGUGCAGGGCCUGUACGGAUUUCAAGAGCUGGCUCCGCGAGCAGAAGAAGCAGGCAGCGGCGGGCGCCGUGGCCACGGUGGAGGAGAAGGAGCCGCCCCCCGACUGCCCCCUGGACAGCGAGCAGCUGGGCCGCAGCACCUGGGCCUUCCUGCACACCAUGGCGGCCUACUACCCCGAGCGGCCCUCGGGCACCCAGCAGCAGGAGAUGAGGGACUUCAUCCACCUCUUCUCUAAGUUCUACCCGUGUGAGCACUGCGCUGAGGAUCUGAGGGAAAGAUUGCGAACAAAUCAGCCUGAUACUAGCAACAGAAAUAACUUCUCCCAGUGGUUAUGUCUUCUUCACAAUGAAGUGAACAGGAAACUGGGCAAAUCUGAAUUUGACUGCUCUCGUGUGGAUGAGCGCUGGCGAGAUGGUUGGAAAGAUGGUAGUUGUGAUUAAGCCAUAGGGGACUGCUUUGGAAAUCCAACAGAUUCACUUUGGUGUUGAGUCACUACAUAGAGAUGUGCAAGUAAAUAUGUGUGAGCGCGUGUGUGCAUGACUGAGACGGCUUGUGGAAAUAAAGGUGGAACCAAUUCUGAAAGCCAGUUUGAAAAUCUUAUGCUAAUAGCACCUUGAUAAAUGAUUGUAUCAAAUGCUUUGUCUGAGGGACUGAGGCCUUACAUGUGGCAUGGGAAUUGCCAGAAAUAUGUGAAACUGAGUUACUUGACAAACUUGUGGAUACUUUUUCAUUACAUUUCCUUAUUUUAGGGGCAUUUGCUUGUAUCUUUGACUUGAAUUCCUGUUUCUUGCACUCAGUUGUAGAGAGCUGCCCUGUGACAUUUCGUGUUUAUUUGUAGUUACUAUCCUGAUGUGUUAGAAAUCUCAUUGUCAUUUUAACUUCUUUUGUUUUGAUAGGGCAAAUUCCUGCUGCCUAUAUCCCUUAAACUUUUUUAGAGAUCUCUGAUGCUUGUUGUUAGACUUGCUAAAAGACCUGAGAGCAGGUACAUUUAAUUUAAAUGCUAAAAUCAUGGAACCUUGAUUUCUCAUUUUAUUUUUGUGUUUCAGUUCAUUAUGCAAGAGGGUAUCGUAGAAAAGGAGACUAGAACAGGACCAAAAGAACUAUUGUGGAGUACCAGCUGGGUUAAAUUCAGAUGUUUUAAGUUGAUUCCUCUUUUUCUUUCAAUUCAGAAGCAGUAUGACAAGUUCUACUGAGUUAUUUGCUUUUAAAACUGAUAACUUUUCAUCUCUGCUAUGAAUUUUUGUCAAUUGUGAAGAUUGCUGUAAUGAAUCUGAGACUGAUAUUAUCUGUAAUGAAACAUAUUCAGAUUUGUUUAGCAUAUAGUGUUUCUGAGCCAUCAUUUUGUUUUGAAAUUCUUGAUUGCUUCUUACUGAUUUGGUUGCUAUUUUGGUGUUUUCACCUAGGUAAAAAUCUCUCUGGAACAAAAGGACUUUAAAUACUCUUACAGUAUUUGAGUCUUCCUUAAGACUGAUAUCAGCUUUAGGUAGAAUUAUUGCAGAGAAGACUCAAAGGAUUCCCUCUGUAGAAACUGGUCUGUUCUAUUGGCAUUUUCCCUAUGUCAGCUAUAUUGCAUCAGUGUUACUGAUACAUAAGUAUGAAUUUCAGUUUCAAGUGAAAUAGCAGCAUAAAUGAUUUAAUGAGUAUAAAUACAUUUCUCUAUAAAGUCACAGACACAAGGAAGUCUAAAUACUUUCAAACUCUUAAAAUAUAUAUUGAUAUUAUGCCCUUAUUGCAUUUUUUUUUCUGGGAAAGUUUGCAGGAGUUCGCACAUGUCAUGAUAAUAGGGGGCUUUUUCCUUCUGUAUUUCCUGCUGAGCUUUUCCGUGCAUGUUUUAGUAAGCUUCCUUAUUUCGUGCACUACAGUAGGUUUGUAAAUUUACUUUCGUUGAGAGAAUGAGAGGUUCAUGGAAAUGGUAAAUGGUACUUUUAUAACAGUAUUAGGGUGACGAUAGCCUUUAUCUGAGAACUUUGAUCCCCAAACCUUCACGUGUGGGACUUCUUACUGUUGAGAAAAGCAAGCAGAACUUUGGAAAUAUGUUUGAAUGUUUUAUGGUGUACUAAAGCCUUUUCAAGUUGGAUCUGUUAAAACAGUAAGACACAAAUUUUUAUGGACUGGUUAUUCUGGGAAGUUUUAUUUAUCAGUGCUCCUAAACACAAAACCAACAAAAGUGAUAAGUGUUUUAUGAAGUAUGCAAUCUGACUUCCUACCUCAUGGUGUUAUGCGGGCUAUUAAAAGUACUCAGAAAGUUUCCCAAUUAGCAUGUUGGUGUUCACAGAACAAAUAAAUUCCAGCCCCUGGUUCUUGUUUUUUAGUGGAAAAAAAACCCCAAAACAACAACAACAAAAAAAACCUACCAACAAACUAAAUUCCCCAAAUACAUAGCCACUAGUGGGACGAAGACCAAGAAAAAGGCUGUACCCCUCCCUUUCUCAGACAUGGCCUGAAUUACCCAAUUCUGUCAUGGCAGUUUUAGCUCCUGGGGAUGUGGACAAGCAUUUUCUUCUGCACUUGGUUGUGCAGAAGAAGAAACUGGCUAUUCUUCCUUUCUAAUUUGCUCUCCACUUCUCUGUGACAGUUCUCUUGCCCAUGGAGCAGAUAAUGAGAUUUCUCACUGUUUGCAUCAGCAUAAAUGAGUAGGUUGGUAAAGCAACUAGCUUGUCCCAUUUCAUAUUAAUACUAAAAAUGAGCUAGGCCGGAGAAUUAUACCAAGUGUGCUUGGUCUUUGCUGCUAAGUCAUUGGACCUGCUGUUGCCUUGUGCUGGCCAGCAGCUGGUGCUAUGCAGGAGGGCUGCAGCUUCUGUCCAUGUGCGGAGAGGAUAAAAAAAUUAAAACAUUGUAUAUGCCUUUCAAAAUCAGGGAGAGUGGCUAUGGCAACACAGACCCUUUGUCUCCUUGUGUUGUCCAAGGAGAUGGGAGAGUUGUGUGCAAGGAAAAGCUGCUUCUGUCAGCAGGUACUGUUUUGUUCUGACAGUGGGGCAGAGGAGGAGGAAGAACCUUAAAGCUGAAGCCAUCAUUUUCAGUGAAUGAGCCCAUACAAUGAGGGCAUGAGCUCUGGCUGCCAGGAUGUUAUUAGGGCAGUUUGUAAUUUUGCUAAAUUGUCAUUUGGUAAAAAUUUAUGCUUACACUCUUCUCUCAUAUCUGUGGCUUUGCAGAAGAGCUCUGACUUACUGUUUCUCUGGCAUAGCAUCUCUGUGAGCUUGACUGUCCAAGAGAGGAUAUUUUGCUGCUCAUUUAUAACACAUUUAAAGUUUUAAUUGUAUGUAUGGAAUUUCUAUUGAAGGUUUUUGUACAUAAAAAGAAGGGGGAAAAUGUGAAUUCUCUCCUAAAUGCACUUCAUUAAACCUAGUUUUAAAAGUAACUGUAUUCAAAUUAUAUUUCCUGUCAACGUGAAAAUAAUAAAGCAACUGAGCUUA